CCCCUCCCCUCCGCGGCGGGGGCGGCUCCGUCCCGCAGCGCCUGUGCGCGCGGCCGGGGGCGCCGAGGGCGCGCGGAGCCGCGGCGCAGGGAGGCGGCGGCGGGAAGGGCGCUGCCAUGCGGGCGUGCGGGCGCCUCCCCGCAGCCGCCGCCGGGCCAGGGUAGCCCUAGUUCCUCAAGAGUGCAGCAGGUAUUGGAUGUUUGUGGUAAACCAUGGCAGCUGAUGAUAAGGUUGCCAUUUUAACUGAUGAUGAGGAAGAACAGAAGAGAAAGUAUGUGCUUGCUGAUCCUUUCAAUGGCAUUUCCAAGGAUCAAGACUUGCCACCCCAGAAUGAGUCCCCUUCGACAGAGACAACCGCUGUCCCAGAUGAAGAGCUAGACUGGUUAGAAAAGCACUGCGUCAAAAUAAAUAAUGAUCUUCUGAUCUCAAAGGUCUUUUAUUUUUUCUUCUAUUCUGCAUAUGGCUCGCUGUACCCCUUGUUGCCUGUAUAUUACAAGCAGCUGGGUAUGUCACCCAGUCAGAGUGGGCUUCUGGUGGGCAUCAGGUACUUUAUUGAGUUUUGCAGUGCUCCUUUCUGGGGGGUGGUGGCAGAUCGCUUCAAGAAAGGGAAGAUCGUCCUCCUCUUUUCGCUUUUAUGCUGGGUUUUAUUUAACCUGGGGAUUGGAUUUGUUAGACCAGCCACCUUAAGAUGUGUACCAAAGGGCCUUUCCCCAGCACAUCCCACCAAUGCAAGCAGCCUUUUAACAACAGUUUCGCAAAAUGCCUCGAUGUCUUCUCUGCUAAACACAGUGAGUACUGCAUCCCCAAAAGUUCGUGGGAAGAGAGACCUGCUCACUUCCAGUCCAAUCACUUUGGAAGCAACAGAGACAGCUAAUCCUGAAAUAACAUUCGUGUUACCUAUGCAGAGCAAUGAUGUGGAGUUUUUUUUGGAAAACAGUACCCAUUUUAUGUUGAAAAACACCACCACUAGCCCAGUGUCACUAGGGAACGUGACUCCAAGUCCUACCCCAGCUGCCAUCACUGCAAAGCCGAUGCCUUCUGACCAGGCUGUGCUCGUUUAUGAUCAACAAGAAGUAGAAGCCAUUUUUCUACUCAUUUUGCUGGUUGUCAUAAUAGGAGAAUUUUUCAGUGCUUCCUCUGUUACUAUUGUGGACACCGUGACUCUGCAGUACCUUGGCAAACACAGGGACCGGUAUGGAUUGCAGCGUAUGUGGGGGUCCCUGGGCUGGGGGCUGGCCAUGCUUUCCGUGGGAAUUGGCAUUGACUAUACCCAUACAGAAGUUGUCAUUGAAGGUCAAGGAUGUAAAGCUCCUGAAUACAAGAACUACAGGAUAGUUUUCAUCGUCUUUGGUGUUCUGAUGACAAUGGCAUUAAUUGUGGCCACUCAGUUUCGAUUCCGUUACGCACACUUCAAGCAAGACAAAAAUAAGGGAAAUGAGGCAGAAAUCUCACAGGUGGACAGAAGUGUCUCCAACGAAUCCUCCGACAACACUCCUACCAGUUUGAGCCAGUCACAGUCUUUCAGUUUGUGGGACCUUAUAAAACUGCUGUGUAGUAUCCAGUACGGCUCGGUGCUCUUCGUGGCCUGGUUCAUGGGAUUUGGAUAUGGCUUUGUGUUCACCUUUCUUUACUGGCACUUGGAAGACCUGAAUGGCACCACCACUCUCUUUGGAGUAUGUUCUGUGCUCAGUCAUGUGUCUGAGCUGACCGCCUACUUCUUCAGCCACAAAUUGAUUGAAUUGGUUGGCCAUAUCAGAGUGCUUUAUAUUGGUCUUGCCUGUAAUACAGCUCGAUAUAUUUACAUCUCGUAUCUGGAAAAUGCUUGGACUGUUCUUCCGAUGGAAGUACUUCAAGGUGUCACACACGCAGCUAUAUGGGCAGCUUGCAUUUCGUAUCUUAGCGCAGCAGUGCCUCCAGAACUGAGAACAUCAGCCCAGGGAAUCCUGCAAGGUCUCCACUUGGGUCUCGGCAGAGGAUGCGGGGCUAUGGUUGGAGGGGUUUUGGUCAAUUACUUCGGUCCUGCUGCCACAUUCAGAGGAAUAGGGAUGGCUUGUUUAGUGAUUCUUCUUCUGUUUGCAAUGAUCCAGUGGCUGUUGGUUCCUGAUGAAGAAGAAGAAAAGACAAUGCUGGCAGAAAGGAUCCCAGUGCCUUCCAGUCCUGUUCCCAUAGCGACUAUUGACCUUGUACAACAGCAGUCAGAAGAUAUGCCUCGGACAGAGCCCAGACUCCCUGUAAAGAAAACUAAACACCAAGAAGAGCAAGAGGAUGUGAACAGGCCUGCCUGGGGCAUCAGCUCUUCUCCUUGGGUCGCUAUAGCUUAUGCUGUCUACCAGAUAAAAGAGAUGGUUAAACUAUCCAAAACCAAUCCAGCUCCCGAGAGUCAGCCUUUGCAGAAAAUCAGUGAGAAUCGCAGUGCUUCAUCGGCCAGCUCAGCCAGACAACCGCAAAAUCUGACAGACUGUGGGCAAUCCAGAAAUUGUUCCGCACCAACACCUACAGCAACAUCAGAUUCCGAAGUAGAUGGCGACCACAUUGUGUUGGAUCAUGAUGCUCAGCCUGCUGCUGCAGGGCCCUGAGAUGCGCUCAUCUUAUCAAAUACAGUGCAUGGAAUUCUGCUUCUCACCUGGGAAUGCUGGAGUAGGAGCUCAAAAGUAGGACUUCAUCUUAAUGAUCAUAAUGUGAUGCAAUGCAAGAUUUUAACUAUAUAAAGAAUAUUCAUACAACUACAGAGAGCAACAUGGGCAGGGAAGCCAGAAGUUCGGAAUUCUUGAGGGAAACUAUGUGGCCGGGUCUAGCGGUAGGAAGAGUUCUUGGCUGCUUUGCUAAAGCUGAGUCAAGUGCUAUGCGAUUUCUUUGCAAUCUGUAGAAAAAAGGGAGUUCAUGCCUCACUUAUUGAGGCACAGUGUCAGACUUAAUCGGAUUAUGUUCUUCAAAUUUAUCCCAAGACAAAAUGAAAAGACUUUUUAGGGGAGAAACUGAGUUUACCUGCAUAGUCUAAUAGAAAAUACCAGACCCAAUAAAUAUAGCAACAGCAUGAAACUGUUUCUGUGAAGAUUUCUCAGAAGCAGAGUAGCUUUAGGAAGCGUAUUGUCAUUUUAUGGUGAUGGAUUAAGUAAAAUACACACAUAUUCAAAUAAUAUGUUUUUGAAGCUAAUGUUACCUUGUUUAAGAUAAAGGUUUCGUUCUGCAAGGCAAAUACUUUGAACUGGAGUUUUAGUGAAAAUAAAAAGCUGGAGGAAGGCUUCUGAAGAAGGAAACCUCUGUGCUUGUGGCCCUUCGGUUUGGCAUAGUUUGUAUGUCUUUGGUUAAUUUUAGGUUUGAUGUUGUAUCGAGACAAGAAUCUUUGAUCAGGAUUGCACAACCCAAGGUUGGUAAAGGGUUUCAGUGGACACACUGUUUUUUGGGGUUUUUAUUUCAUCAUCUAUACAAUUAUUUAGUUAAUGCAGUGUAGUUACUGUGGUUAUUUGGUUAUUAAUAUAUUAAGAAAACAGUAAGCUUUAAGUGCCUAGGGAAGGUGGGGCAUAGGGAGGGAUCGCCUGAAUAUCUUGAUUAGGAUUAUAGGGCAAAGUUGUUGACGCAGUAAUCAAGUAGAGUGAGAUUCUUAGGAGGAAGUAAACGUAACUAAAUCGCAGUAUGUUUGGGAAACUGCCCAAUGUCUAGACACUGGAAGACUUUGGAUUAUGUUUCAUUAUGCUUUUCAAUAUUAACUGCAGCCAGCUCAGUGUGGUGGUGCACAGUGAAAACUGCUGGAGGGAAGGCCUUGGGCUCAGGGAGGAGUCGGGGUUUAGUCAAGAGAGUGUCCUGGCCCAUUUGCUUAUAUUAGCAGCUUGUUCUGGGGAGAUUAGCACUUCUGCAGGACUGAGGAAGUAUUGCUUGGCCCUCCUUGAAGUCAGAUAUGUAAUAUGUGCCAGGCCUUCUGUGGGGAAGGUGCGUGCUGUGGGAUGGUACAGUGAGAGGCAAGACAAACAGGAGCACAGGGUCAAGGGAGGGGAGAAGGCUGCAGGGUAGCAGGAAAGGGAAUGUGUAGUUCUGCCCACAGUGACACCCAGUUGGCUUGGCUGGAAGGGUGUCCUGUAGCUGUGCUUUAGUUUAGAACAACCCAUUUUCUGGUGGUGCCUGGGACCAUAGACAAUAACAAGAAACAUUGAUGACUGGCCACUAGUUACUUUUUUUGCACUUGAACUUAAAUGUACUGUACUCACAUAAAUCCUCAUGACUUGUCUUAAGUGUCCUUUAAAAUCAGAGAUGUAUUUAUUGUAUGUUUGUAUAACUUGGGGAGAACUAAAGACUGAAGAGGUGAUGAGACAGAAGGAUGCUAAAAUCCAUCUUUAGGCAAACCAACCAUUUGCUGAGUUCAACAGCGUUACCUCAGCUGCUACUGCAUAGCAUCUGGAUUGUGAGGUGAAGAGCUUAUACACUGUGUGUUUACACUUCAGAAUUGUGUAUUUGAAAUGCCUGCUCUUUCUGGAAUUGUAUAGUCAUUUUGUGUUGCAAAAUGGACGUGUACACCUGGGUUUUGAUAUUUGUGAAACUGAAAAAAAAAUGUGGUUAAGAAAUAUAAAAUAUCCAUAAUGUAUUUAAUAGUAUCAGUCUGAACUUGUAUUAGAUUUGCUUAUGUUAUGGUGCCAGCACUGAAUGUCAUCAUUGCACUAAAGUAACUCAAUGGUGAUUACCUUUUGCCAGGUUCACCGUCUGGAGGACAGUGACCCCUGAGCUUGGGAAUCUUUCCUGCACAACAUUAAAACCUAUUUCACAAUAAAAUCUGACUGUAGGCACAAAUUCCCUUGGCAGGGGCAAGGAAGAUGUAAGGGACAAACACCAGUGUGUAUCGUGAACAGGCUGAUAGGGACGUCUGCAGGACAUCAUGAGUGAAAGUAAAAACUGGAUGACGUUUGUCACCUCGCAGCUUUGAGAUGGAGCCUAAGUGCAGGUUAUGUCAGCUUGUAUGGAAAUACUCCAUUUCUAUUGCUGAUUAUAUCUGCACUAUUGGAUGUGCCCUUUACAGUGCCAUGUUUGUCUGGAAUUUAUUUUUAUCUCAGGUGUAGGACAGUGAAAAUUUUUACUAUUUCAAGUGCUUGGCUUGUAUGCAUACAAAAGUGAUGACAGGGAGAGAUCUUAGUUUUGUUUCGUUGUUUGCAUGCAGCUGCCAGACCACACUUGUCACCUUACGAAUCUGCCUUUGUGGUGGCUUGGAUCCUUCAGGAGCAGGGAAUGAAAAUGGCAGGUUCCUUCAGGGAUGCAUUCGAGGUGGAGAGGACACUCCAUUUUGGAGCAGCCAUAGCUAAAGCAGAGUUAGCAUUCCUUAAAUCUGCAUUGAGGGAGAAAAACCUUGGCA